CGAUAAUUAUAAUUCUUUUGUGUGUUUAAGGCAGUUUCGCGGAAAAAAAUAGUGGAGAUUUGACAGAUACAUUAUUUUGAAUUAGAUCUAUCAGCCUUAUUUUAAUUGCAAGGUCCAGUUACUGAAGUAGUAUACUGAAGCUAUGUAUCAAAGGAAGUCAAGUGGUUAUAGACCUGUCAGGAAUGUUCCUUAUUCCAGUAAUGUUGUAGAGAACUUUUUAGCCCCAGCUGUUCCACAGAUGGUGUAUCCGAUGGUUCCUGUAAUACAUCAGCCGGCUUUUGGGUACACUCGGGUACCUCAGUGGGAUCAGCAGCCAAGCCGAAAUUUUCCUGAGAGAAAUAUUUAUCAUAAUACAAACAACAAUAACAGUAAUAGUGCCGCAGUAUACAACAGGGGAUCUCAAAAGAGAUCUUACAGCCAGUCAAACUCGGAGGAAUAUGAUGACUAUGAAUAUACUGGGAAAAAAAGGAAAUCUGAACCAGUGAAAAUACCUGUGUCUGUGAAGGAUAAAAUGAAUGAUAAGAUAACCGAGGGUAUAUGGCGUUAUUUUGAAGCAUAUAGACAGACAGAUGCUAUUUACAAGGCCAAAGUAGAUUUACGUGAUGCUUUGUAUGUCAUCUUUAAAGAUGUCUUUCCAUACAGUGGUCUAUAUAUGGUAGGAUCAUCUAUGAGUGGUUUUGCUACACGAACUAGUGAUAUGGAUCUAUGUCUGAUGUUGAGUCAACAGCCAAUUGAUGGAAAAAGGGAGGCAAUAGAGAUAUUGAUGGCAAUACAGAAAUGUCUUCGUAGAUGCAGAUUUGUUAGAAAAUCACAAGUGAUCAGAGCAAGAGUUCCCAUACUCAAGUUUGAAGAUUAUGAAAAUGGUGUAGAGUGUGAUUUGAACAUAAAUAACUCAGUUGGUAUACGCAAUACACAUCUGCUCCGAUAUUACGCAGCAAUGGAUUGGAGAGUACGGCCACUAGUUCUGUUUACCAAGAGAUGGGCAAGGUUCCAUGACAUAAAUGAUGCUUCAAAGAAAACUAUAUCUAGCUACUCUCUCUGCUUGAUGGUGUUACACUAUCUACAAUAUGGUUGCAAUCCACCAGUGUUAGAAUCCAUACAGAAAUUGUACCCUGAUUUAUUUGACUAUGGAGAUGAUAUAAGAAACCUCAAAAUGAAUGUAAGAAUCAAGUUUAAGAGUAAAAACUCUCAAAGUCUCGGUGAUCUGUUCCUGGGUAUGCUCAAAUAUUACAGUGUGGAAUUCAGUUUUGAUGAUGAUGUGAUAAGUGUGAGACAGGGAACUAAACUACCAUUACAUUUGGUACAAUCAUGGACACCACUAUCAGAGAAGAACAUGUGGAAAUGUCUAAAAAUCGAAGAACCUUUUGAUAAAAGCAAUACAGCUCGGUCAUGUUUUGAUGAUAGGACUUUUGCUAGGGUGAUGCAUGUAUUUGCCAGGAGUUACCGUCAGUUGGCUCGAACCCAUGACCUUGAAUCAAUCCUCUCAACUCCAUACUGAUACGCCUGGAAUUCUUUCUAGAAGCACAGAAUUCUUGGCCAAACAACACACUACAUGCCACUGGAUUGGUUAUCCUGCAAAUGAAGGGGAAGGAAUUAUUGAUAUUCUACCUUUACAAGUGUUAACUGUUUAUAGAGGGUUAUAAAUGAGAGACAAUUCUGCUCCAUUGCAAUGGAAAGAUUAGUCAAUGAGAAAGCUAUGGAAGUUUUAAAUGGAUUGAUUGCAUUAUAUCUUAUUGCAUUAUAAUUCCUCAAGGAAAGUAGAACAGUGAAGCUGUGAUGAUACUGGAUUCUACUGUAAUCAAAUGUUUCCAUGAUAAACCUUUCUAGACAUUUCCAACAGCUAAUUGAAAGAUGAUUUGCAACUUGGAUAAACAAGAACAAUUCCCUACAUAUUGAUAUUGAGGGUGAUAAGUUUCAUGUGCUCAGAAGGGAUGUUAUAUAUUAUCAUUAUCAUCUGUUUUACUAACUAUAUUGUUUUUUUAGCUAACGUGAGCUGGCUGAGUGUGAGCUUUUUGAAUUGUUUCUUCCACAUUUAGUUCAUUAACACUGUUGAGAUCACAUUUUAACUUCAAUUGUCAAAAAAGUUGGUCAGGGUAUUUGUUGUAAUUGCACGGAUGAGUUUGUUCAUCUCAGAUGAAAAACUUAAUCACAGCCAAAAGAAGAAAAAUCAUGUUAACUCUAGAGGCUACUGUUUCAGUCAAAAUAUCCUGGAAAUAGGUCAGAAAGAUUGUUUGGAUAAUUUUUAGGUCAAAUUCGAAUAUAAGUCUUAUGGAAUCAAAAACAAGGUCACAGACUAGAUAUAACACUCUAGAGGCCAAACAGGAAAGUUGUUAAGAUUAUUUAAGAUUGGACAUCUGGGGUAAAAAACUAAGUCACACAGUCUAAAUACAUGUAUGGGAUAACCUUGUUAACACUCAAGAGGCUACUGUUUUGGUCAAAUAUCCUGCUAAUUGGUCACAAAUUGAUCUGAUGAUUUAUAGGCCAAUUUUGAAUAUUGGUCACUUGGGGUCAAAAACUAGGUCACACAGCCCAAAUUUCGAAAAACCUUGUUAUCACUAAAGAGGCUACUGUUUCAGUCUAAAUUUCCUGGCAAUGGGUGAGAAAGAUUGGAUGAUUUUUAGGUCAAAUUCGAAUAUGGGUCAUCUGGGGUCAAAAACUAGGUCACACAGAUCAAAUAUGCAAAAACCUUGCAGAUACAAAUGUUAUGACUUCAGUUUGAAAUUAAGACAUUCUCUGCUUUUCAUUCAUAAUUCUCUGCUUUUCAUUCAUAGUUAAAUGAUAUUAAUGGUUCCUUGUCAAUAAUUAAGAGCCUUAAUAUUCAGGUGAGCCAUGUAAAGGCCACUACAGCCCUCUUGUUUAUGUGCAAUGGUCACUCUGCUUCCAGUUAAUUUUGUCAAACCUUUUCUUAAUUUGAAUUUAUGAUGUUUUACUAUAUCAAGAAAAUAUUUAUCUAAAUAAAAAGUAAAUUACUAAA